AUGAUCUUCCGGCUGAAAGAGAGGUUUGGUUUAUUGACCAUGCAUACCCCUAUUCGGAGGUGCCUGCAAGCGCUAACCCACGAAUCACAACCAACAUUAUCUCUCUUCAAAGACCCAUCGUCUAUCCGCUCACUCUCUGUGACUGCUUUUCCUAAUCACAACAUUUCGUCACCCCUUCCCAUUUUCACAAAUUCCAAACCCACAUCUGCUUUUGGACAAUGGUAUUACCCACGCUUUUUCUCUUCUUCCAAACAAGACGAUCACAUAAAAAAAGAAGAUAUACAGGAAGAAGUAGAAGAUGAAGACGAUAGUGAUGACAGUGAUUAUGAUGAUGAAGAGGAAGAUUAUGAAGAUGACGAUGAUAAUGUUCCCGUAUCAAGUAAGAAAAAGGUGUACACAGCAGAGGAAAAGGAAGCAGAAGCAACAGCUAUUGGAUACAAAGUGGUGGAGCCCCUACAAAAGGACGACCAUGUUUUUAAGCCAUAUGAGCCCGCUUUUGCCGUUGUUCAGAUUGGUUCUCAUCAGUUUAAAGUGAGCAAUGGGGACAGCAUUUUCACAGAAAGAUUGAAAUUCUGUGAAGUGAAUGACAAGUUGAUUCUGAAUAAAGUUCUGUUGCUAGGAUCUGCUAGUCAGACAAUUGUUGGCAGACCCAUAGUGCCGGAUGCAGCUGUUCAUGCUGUUGUUGAGGAGCAUGCACUAGAUGCGAAGGUAAUUAUUUUCAAGAAAAAGAGAAGGAAGAAUUACCGAAGAACCAAAGGACAUCGUCAGGAAUUGACCAAGCUAAGGAUAACUAAUAUUGAAGGAGUUGAGAAACCUCAGCCCGAAUUGGCUGAAAAGCCUUCAAAAUCUGCUAAGAAAGAACAGGAAAAGGUUGCAGUUAGUGCUUAA